UAUUUAUAUAUGCACGCGGCUCUCUGCGUUAGGUCGUUCUUAUUGUCGGUUAGCUUUUUAAGUCUGUUGAUAUGUAUGUGACGGUUCUCUGUAUGGGUCUUUCAUAUUGUUGGCUGUAUAGCCGUACAUGUAUGUCUAUUGAUAUGUGUAUGCGACGGUACUUUAUAAAACUCUUACGAAGCACAUGCGAGCCACAAGCAUCAUGGCGGGGCAAAGAAUGCGAGUACAUGUAUCGGCGGAAGAGCGACGGCUGAUAUCUGCAGGAUACAACAACCAUGGCACGGACUGGGAUCUUGUGGUAAACCAUAUUUUGCAGCGUAUCGACCACGAAGACCCUAUUUGGCAGCAGUAUUUGGGAAGAACUCCAACACAGCAAAAAAGAAGAGUCCGAGAUGUCGUCACGAGAGACAUUAUGAGGUUUCAAGACCAAAGACUACAAACCAUGCGGUACUCAGCUCGGGUUAAUCCUGCAGAGAGAAGACUAAAACGCACUAUCCCAGGACCGUCUGAACAGCCCAACCAGCCCAUGCUGGCAGUACAUCUUGCCCAACAAAACCUCCAGGUACCACCUCAAAAGCACUUCCUGUUCCUGCCAGCACCUCCCGGACAACCAAACCACCAAACUCCACCUCAACUGCCCACCCUGCCUGUAUCUCCUGCACUGCCCAACCUCCAGGUACCAACUCCACAGCCUAGCCUCCGUGCAUCACCUCCACAGCCCACUCUGCCAGUUCCUCCUCCACAGCCCAACCUUCAGGAAUCACCUGAUCAAAAGCCCAUCCUGAUCCUGCCAGCACCUCCCGCACAACCACACCUCCAAGUACCACCUCAACAGCCCACCCUGCCAGCACCUCCCGCACAGCCCCAACUCCAAGCACCAACUCCACAGCCCAUCUUCCGUGCAUCACCUCCACAGCCCACCCUGCCAGUUCCUCCUCCACAGCCCAACCUUCAGGAAUCACCUGAUCAAAAGCCCAUCCUGAUCCUGCCAGCACCUCCCGCACAACCAAACCUCCAAGCAACACCUCAACAGACCACCCUGCCUGUAUCUCCUGCACUGCCCAACCUCCAGGUACCAACUCCACAGCCCAGCCUCCGUGCAUCACCUCCACAACCCACCCUGUCCGUACCUCCUGCACAGCCCAACCUCCAGGUACCAUCUCCACAGCCCAACCUCCAAGCGUCACCUCCACAGCCCAACCCGCUGGAACCACUCCCUCAGCCCAACCGUCGUAACAGCCCAGAACAGUCACAAUCUGUACCAAUGGGGAACAACGUACCCCUAUCACGUGAACAUGAAAGGCUUCCACUACACGAGGUUGUAAGGAGGAGUCAUGAGGCCUAUCACAAUUAUAUGACGAACAUAUUGCCCCAAAUAACUCAGGAAAUGAUGCACAGCAUGCGAAUGUUUAACAAUUACAUUCAGCGCAACUACGAAGAGCCACCACAUGAAGAACAGUAGGCCAACUGCAAGUACUGUACAUGUAAAUGAAAUUAAAAUAUGUAAAUCAAAGUGAAGAUAUUAAGUAAAACAUUUAAUGAAUUAUUGUGCGGUUGGGUCUUUAAAUUUGUUUUUAGCUGCGGAAAACAGCUCAACAAGAUAUUUCCGUUAGUUGGUUUGGCUGGUUGGUUUAGUAACAAACGUCAGAAACAGCCUUACAAUGCUAUCAAUCACCUCGUCCAAUGUAUGCAUGCAGUCCUGGAAAAUUGGGUCACUAGGGUCAAAACCUGAUGUUUGUACUAAAAACACUACUCCUUCCAGAAAUUACGUGACACAUCACGUCACGCAUACAUGCACACAAAUGCUUGUUUUAUAAGUGACAAGCUGAUUUACCCGAUCAUAGAUCGGGUAGGGCGUAGUGUUGGGGAUGAAAAUGUGGGGAGUUAAAUGUUAAUGGGGGUU